UAACUACGGUAUACACGGGAGACGAGGAGACUUAGGGAUAUAAAAUGGAUGGGAAUGAAUGAUGGUUGUAUUAUUUCUUUUUCCCCUUUUCUUCUUCUUCUACUUCUACUUCUUGUCUGUUUCCUUUUCUCUUGUAUUUCUAUAUAUUCUCUUCUAUUUUUUCUACUUCGGUUGGACUAUUUUUUUUCUUCUUCUUCUUACAAAUUUCUAUGUUUUCUUAUUCUUCUUCUCUAUUCCCUAUCCGCCUGUCUGUCUGUCUUUUCUGUCAUUUUUGCUCUGACGUUAUCUCUCGAAUUAUGUAUGCGUGCCUUGUUUUAUAGGUAAACAUUAUAGAACAUCGGGGGGAGGGGAAGCUACAGAGAUACACUUGUACUAUUAGAAACAUGCGCGCAUUGCAGGGGAAGAUAAAAAAAUCCCGGGGGGAGGGGUGGUUGGGAGUCGAGGAACAUAUUGAUUGAUUGAUUGCAUGCAUGGGUUUCUUUCUCUUCUACUUGCACCGCACUGCACCUUGGAGGCGUUGGCGGAGGAGGUUGGAUGGAACCGGGUUUCGAUUUAUCUACGGGGUUGGACGAAUUCUUUUAUUUUAUUUUUUUCUUGUUGCAAGAACUGCCUGCAUGCCGUAUUGCUCGAGGACGAAUUACGAUCGGUAACGAAUGUAUUUCUAGAUAGAUGUGGAAUGUGAUGUGCGCGUUGGGUUUGUGGUGGAUAUGAUGAUAAUAGAAUAUAAAAAUGCUAUGGAUUCUAUUUUUAAAUCCGUUAUGAAAUGUACCGAGAAAUUACAUAUGAACUUGAUAUAUACUGCAUAUGUAGAGCCGUUCAAACCUAAGGUAACUAAUUAUAAUGAUAGGCGCAUAUUGCAUUGGUUUGUUCGUGUAUCUAGAUUGCAAGUCUUGGCUCGGUUUACUCGGACAUAAGCACUGAUGUUACAGUGUUAUUGGAGUGGCUG